UUAUAGUGCCUUUACUACAGUCAUAGCAUUACAAUAACAUUAGAGUCAAUCACAACAACAAACAGCUGUCAUAUGUUUGGUCUAACAGUCAAACAGUAAGUGAUUGACACAAUUGGUCAGUGAUUGACACAAUUGGUCAGUGAUUGACACAAUUGGUCAGUGAUUGCAAUGGAUAUGAAACCGGAAAAUAUGUUAUCAUUAAAAGUUGGUCGGGUUGUAUCAAAACUAAUACCAAUUAACCACUUUAUCACAACUGAAGAAUAUAACUCGUUUAUCGGUAGUGACGAACCAUUGGACACAUUAAGAUUGAGUCCAACUCUUGCCGAUGAAUGGCGUCUUUUGCCACAAAAUUUCGGAAAUGUUUAUUUAGGCGAAACAUUUUCAUUUGUCGUUAACUGUACUAAUGAUUCGGUCAGAGAAGUGGUCACCGAUGUUGUUGUUCGAGUUGACCUCCAGGUCGGCAAUCGGGUCGUUAAUUUGGGCGAAAUUAAAACAUCGCUUUUGGACGCAAAACAAUGUAUUAAUGAUAUUAUGAAACACGAGGUCAAAGAAUUGGGAUCUCAUGUACUUAUUUGUACCAUUGGUUUUACAAUGAGUUCAAAUGAAAGACAAAAUUAUAGAAAAUUUUUUAAGUUUCAAGUUUUAAAGCCUUUGGACGUAAAGACCAAGUUUUAUAACGCAGAGAGUGAUGAAGUAUAUUUGGAAGCACUUCUUCAAAACUUAACCACAAUUCCCAUAUGUCUCGAUAGGGUUAUGUUAGAGCCGUCUCCUUAUUUUGACGUUAAACCCAUGAAUACUAUUAUAAAUGAAGACAAUGUGGAGCAUUGGGUUUUCGGUAAAGUAAACCGAUUUAAUAGUCAAGAAUGUCGUCAAUAUUUAUUUAGUUUGACCCCAAAACCUAAUAUAAAAUAUAAUGCAAGCAUUUUAAAAAAUUUGACUGAAAUCGGAAAAUUGGAUAUCGUUUGGGUCACCGGUAUUGGUGAACGCGGACACCUCCAGACAUCACAAUUAGAGAGAAUGACACCAGUUUACGGUGAUUUGAAAUUAAUUAUAGAAAGCAUUGAAAGUAAAGUAAAGCUAAAGACUAAAUUUGAUAUCAUCUUUCGUCUUAUUAAUUGCUGCAAUCGAUCAAUUGAACCAAUUCUUAGUUUCGACAAUUUAGGUACAAAUCAAGCGCUUUUAUGGUUAGGUAUAUCCGGUCAAUCUCUGGGACCUCUUAAGCCGUCUAGUUUUGUAGAUUUUGAAUUAAGUGUUUAUCCCAUUGAAUGUAAUCUACAUUGUUUACCAACUCUUAAGAUAACUGACUCUUAUUUAAAAAUUGAUUAUAAAUUCGAUGAAAUCGCCUCUGUUUUUGUCGAAUAAAUUGAAAUUUUAUUGU